UCCUGGUUGAAAUCGGCGAGUGUUUUCUCUCCAAUGUAGCGGCGUCCAGAGGGCCACUUAGUCCAUGGUCCCGACUCCUUUCAACGCUUCAAUCAUCCGCCCAUUCGUCGUUCCGUACGUCUCUCUGGUGUCGGGGGAUAACCACGGGUCCGCUGGCGUGGCUGGGCUACCUAGUAGGGGGUAGCGGGGAAAGAAGUUGAAUGGAUCCGAGGGUCGCUUGGAUUCAGCCCGAGCAGAAAGGACCUGCUAACGCCUUAUGGAUGCAGGUCUGGGAGACCUCUCAGGGACUUCGGACUCUCUCCGCCCAGCAGAACCACAACCAGUGCGUCAGUUACCUUCUGAAAAAUGCGAGCCUGACGGGCAGCCAUCACGGCGGCAUCAUGAACGUCGCCGUGUCCGCCUCCUCUUCCUCCUCCUCCUCCUCGCCCGGGAUGACCGGGAGCGUGCACACCUGCGACACAGGUGAGGCCAAGGGAGUACCUCCUCCCAAAUGUGCUUCCCAGGACACCGUUGCGGACAAUAGUCCCCCCGCCGGCCGCUCACUGGGAUAUGCACCCGGCAAUAAGAACGGCGGCAGCUUGCUCUUCGGCUUGGGGGAGAAAAUGGACAACACCCGCUAUCAGCACCUCCAUCACAACCUGCAGGACAUGCAGCGCAUUUUCACUUUGCAGCAGUUGUGUGCCAAACGUCAGCAGGGCGCCCCUUCGGUGGCGUCUGGCAACCACGCUCACCUCCACCACCUCCACCACCACCAUCACCACCACCAUCACCCUGGCCGGAGGAAAAGUGACAACAAGGCCAGCACUUACGGAACCAAUUACUCGUUUUCCAACUGCACUAAUGGCAACUACGCGAGCACUUGGACGCCCUGGAAGACGAGGAAUUACAGCCCCGGGGUCCUGGGACUCCACGAGGAGGUGAUGGACUUCUACAACUUCAUGUCUCCGCGGCCAGAGGAGGCCGCCAUGAGGAAGGAGGUGGUCAAGCGAAUAGAGAGGAUCAUCAAGGAGCUGUGGCCCACUGCAGAUGUGCAAAUAUUUGGCAGCUUCAGCACAGGACUGUACCUUCCAACAAGUGACAUUGACCUGGUGGUGUUUGGGAAGUGGGAGCGCCCCCCCCUGCAAGAGUUGGAACAGGCUCUUCGCAAGCACAACGUUGCGGAGCCGUUUUCCAUCAAAGUGCUGGACAAAGCUACUGUGCCAAUCAUCAAGCUCACAGACCAGGAGACUCAGGUGAAAGUGGACAUCAGCUUCAACGUGGAGACGGGCGUCAAUGCGGCAAGCUUCAUUAAAGAUUAUGUCCAGAAGUAUCCAGUGCUGCCUUACCUGAUCUUUGUGCUGAAGCAGUUCCUGCUGCAGAGAGAUCUGAAUGAAGUCUUCACGGGGGGAAUCAGCUCCUACAGCCUCAUCCUCAUGGUCAUCAGCUUCUUGCAGCUUCAUCCUCGUAUCGACGCCAGGAACCCCAACGAGAACCUGGGGGUCUUGCUGAUCGAGUUUUUCGAGCUGUACGGUCGCCAUUUUAACUACUUGAAAACAGGGAUUCGCAUCAAAAAUAGAGGUGCCUACAUUGCCAAAGACGAGAUGGCCAUGACCAACGGUUACAGGCCGUCCAUGCUGUGCAUCGAAGACCCGCUGCUUCCAGGCAACGACGUGGGCAGGGGCUCCUAUGGCGCCAUGCAUGUCCGACAGGUCUUUGACUACGCCUACACUGUCCUGAGUCACGCCGUGUCGCCGCUCGCUCGCUCGUAUCCCAACAAAGAAUCUGAAAGCACCUUAGGAAGAAUCAUCAGGCUGACCCAGGAAGUCAUCGAGUACAGGGAGUGGAUCUUCAAGAAGUGGGGGGUCAGGGAUCUGGCACGGACAGAUAACAGAGUGCCGACGCCCAAGGAGGCGGGGUCUGAGCAGGACCCCAGCUGCGUGGGCUCAGAGGAGCAGCAGAGGGACUCGGUGUCCCCGCAGAGCGCAGACUCACCCAUGUCCAUCUCCAGUCCCCAGCAGCACUCCUCCUCGUCCUCCUCUGUCUCCUCGCUCUCAGGAUCAGAUAAUGACUCUGAUUCGGCGCCGCCAUGUGCUGUGCCGCCGCCUCCUCUGCCGACAUACCCGUCAUUCACGCCGCUGGGCCUCGCUUUCCCACCUGGGUUCAGUAUAGGCACAGGCAAGCCCACAAUGGGGGGGAACCACCUGCUGUUGCCUCCAGGCUCACAGGCUCGCGUCUCACUCCCCGGGGGUCUCACAAUGCACUCCAUACCUGGCAGACAGGUGUGUAUCGACACCGGUCUCCCCGCCUUCUUCCACAUGCACCCGUCAGCCCAUGCCCCCAACCCUUCCAGUCCCCAGCCUGCGCCCAGCUCGCACUCCAGCCACACCCACAAGAACGGACCCAAGUUCAACGUGAAGGCCUUCCACAACCCGCCGCUCAUCAACAACCAGGUGGCGGCCAGCCGCGCGCACGCGCACACGCACACACAGUACCACCGUAACACUUGGCGGCGCAGAAAGAGGGACAGCCUCCCGGUUAGCCCCAGCCGAUAGAGAGCGCUCCACUCUUAUCUUCACAGAGACCAGCAGUUUUCACUGGGCGCGGGGCGAGGGCGAGCGCGACGGCUCCGCUCGCCUUGUAGCGUCUCAGUAUUAUGUCGCCGUCAGUGUUCAGUCUCCUCGUGUUGGACUGGUGCUGCCGUUGACCUCUGACCCUCGCAGCAAAGCUGUUCAAGGCUCGGUUUAUUCACUUAAGAUUUUUUUCCAUUUGAUUUUGUGCAAUAUUUUUUUUUUUUUUUUUUUUUUAGGGGAACGGAACUAAAUGCUUAUUUAAUUGCGUGUGUGUGUAUGUCAAAGGCAUUUUUUUAUUAUACAGUUUAUUUUUGUAGAGUUUUAAAAUGUUUUAUUUUUACGGCAUCUCUGGAGUGUGUCCAACAGAUGGAAGCCCCGCCCUCUUCCCUGUGCGACUUAGGCGUGGAAAGGGAUAAGGAGCGCUUACCUUCAACAGCCCUCACGCUUUGGCGCCUCCAUCCGUCUUGUGACCGCAGACCAGGCCAGCCCUAGGGGAAAAAUUGCACGCCGCAAUUUUCUCCUGGCUUCUGCGAAAGCGCAAGAUUGUGGCCAUAGUAUUUCCAUCACUGCCUUUUUAUUUCACGUUUGACUGUCUUUCUCCACACUGGAGGUGUCCGCGUUGUGGAGUCACUUCUUGAGUUGUGUGCCUGGCCAGCAAUGACUCGCUUGCACUAAAUCUGAGCGCAACCGUAGCGUGGAGCCGUAAAUCGGCGCACGCCGUCGCUACAAGGUGCUCCGCGAUAAGGGACUUCCCUUUUAAGGUGGUCGGUCCUCCCACAGUCAAAGGGAUUGAUAUUUUUCAUUCUAUUCAGGACUCUUGUGUGUAUUUGAUUGGCAGGUACUUCCGCUAAUUGUUUGCAAAGCCUUUCUUUUAUGUUUACUUGGCGUGUGCGUGUUGUGGUUUCUGGUGCUCACACACUACACCACCGUGCACUCCCCUCUCUCUUAUUUCUAUGCAAGUCUCUCCUUGUUUUGUCCCCCCCCCCCCAAAUAAUGGCAGACAGUUUGGCCUGAUUUUACUGAUGUGUGUGUACGAAUGAGCCACAGCCCUCCUAGGAAUAUCCUGACAGUUUGAUUUUUACAUUUAUCCGCCAAAUGUAAUGAACAGGGCAGGGGUGUCCAAUCUCCGGUCCGCAAUUCUUCAUAAGAACGUGCCUCCAACUGUAUUUGAAAUAUCUGACGGCUUAACUGCUGCCAUCUUAUGGACAUCUUUUCAAUUCACGUUAAUGACCAUGAAUUGCACUUUGACAUACAGAAGAGCAUUUUUAAUGAAUGACUCAAUCCAAACAACCCUUCCCACUAAUGGCACAAAUAAACUGACAAAAGAGGAUGACGACACAACCUGCUCGCUGAACUUAGUGGAUAUUUUACAGAAAAAAAAGGUCCAAGCACAACACAUCAUUCAAAGUGACACCCAUUUAAGUCCCCUGCAUGAUGGGAAAAGUGCAAAACACUCUCCUCACUUAUCGGACACAUUUUAGCUGCUUGAUAACAAAACUUUAAGGGGGUGGUCACAGAUGUAAACAAGGUAGGGGUCGCAUACUCUUAAUAUCUAUAUGUAUUCUUCAUAUGAAUAUUUAUAUAAUCAGUACCGUAUUUUUCGGAGUAUAAGUCGCACCGGCCGAAAAUGCAUAAUAAAGAAGGAAAAAAACAUAUAUAAGUCGCACUGGAGUAUAAGGCGCAUUUUUUGGUGACAUUUAUUUGAUAAAAGCCAACAGCAAGUAUAGACAUUUGAAAGGCAAUUUAAAAUAAAUCAAGAAUAGUUUAUGGAUGUAUGUUACCGUAUUUUUCGGAAUAUAAGUCGCUCCGGAGUAUAAGUCGCACCGGCCGAAAAUGCACAAUAAAGAAGGAAAAAAAACAUAUAUAAGUCGCACUGGAGUAUAAGUCGCAUGUAUUUGAUAAAAAGCCAACAGCAAGAAUAGACAUUUGAAAGGCAAUUUAAAAUAAAUGAAGAAUAGUGAACAACAGGCUGAAUAAGUGUACGUUAUAUGAGGCAUAAAUAACCAACUGGUAUGUUAACGUAACAUAUUAUGGUAAGAGUCAUUCAAAUAACUAUAACAUAUAGAACAUGCUAUACAAUCUGUCACUCCUAAUCGCUAAAUCCCAUGAAAUCUUAUACGUCUAGUCUCUUACGUGAAUGAGAUCAAUAAUAUUAAUUGAUAUUUUACGCUAAUGCGUUCAUCAUUUCACACAUAAGUCGCUCUGGAGUAUAAGUCGCACCGGCCGAAAAUGCACAAUAAAGAAGGAAAAAAACAUAUAUAAGUCGCACUGGAGUAUAAGUCGCAUGUAUUUGAUAAAAAGCCAACAGCAAGAAUAGACAUUUUGAAAGGCAAUUUAAAAUAAAUGAAGAAUAGUGAACAACAGGCUGAAUAAGUGUACGUUAUAUGAGGCAUAAAUAACCAACUGGUAUGUUAACAUAACAUAUUAUGGUAAGAGUCAUUCAAAUAACUAUAACAUAUAGAACAUGCUAUACAAUCUGUCACUCCUAAUCGCUAAAUCCCAUGAAAUCUUAUACGUCUAGUCUCUUACGUGAAUGAGAUCAAUAAUAUUAUUUGAUAUUUUACGCUAAUGUAUUCAUCAUUUCACACAUAAGUCGCUCCUGAGUAUAAGUCGGCCAAACUAUGAAAAAAAACUGCCACUUACAGGUAAAAGCCAGUAAAUUAGAAUAUUUUGAAAAACUUGAUU